AUGCCUGCGCCGGACGAGAUCUCGCAGUACUGUUCCAGUCUGGUAGUCAUUUCGGGAAGCAGAGAUGUCGGAAGCUGUUCAGAAGAUAUCCAGCUAUCUCACUACUCAGUGAAAGAAUGGCUGGUGUCGGGCCUAGAUGCAAAUAACUUUCAGGAGCAGCGCGCCCGGUUGGUCAUCGCAGAAACUUGUCUGGCAUAUCUGCUUAGCAUCCCUGGCGACCUUGACACCGAAGAAGUCACGCACCGGUACCUAUUGGCUGAGUAUGCUGCUAGAAACUGGGCGGAACAUGCCGUAGUCGACUAG